AUGGUUUACUGCGCUCGUCCGAGCAAAAGCUGCCAUGGUUGCCGGCAGCGGCGAAUCAAAUGUGAUCUUCGAGUGCCAGCUUGCACACAAUGCAAGCGGGCAGGCAUGAAGUGUGCUGGCUAUCGUGACCAGCUAUCGCUUUUAUUCCGCGACGAAAACGCGAGGACCAAACACCGCUCAGCGACGGCGAAAGACAGGUCGCGACAAGCGGAGAUUCAUCGGAAUAGGGUUAAGCAAGAUCAAUAUAUUCUCAGAGUUACUGCUGGUCCUUCCAUGUCAAUCGAAGAAGGUGGACUGAGCUUCUUUCUCAACCGUUUCACCACGGUGACUCAAUGGUCAUUGGCUGGCCAAUCGUCGAUCGAUGGCACAAUCCACCCUUUCAUAAGGAGUUUGAUUUCUACAGAGCCAUCUCGAGAUGCCCUCAUAUCUGUUGGGCUAGCAGCCUUAUCGAAUGUUACUGGUGACAAAGCGUGUCUUAGACUUGCGUUGCAGAAAUAUGUCAAUGGCAUCAUGCAUGUCAGAAAAGCUCUCGAGGAGCCGGCAAAAGCAGACUUGGACGAUACGCUAAAGCUAGCAGCUAUGCUCACGCUUUUUGAGAUUUCAGAGCUGAUAAAGGACCAGCUCGUUAGAAAUGACUCGGGCCACAUCAAUUCAUGGAAUAUUCACGCCAAUGGCGUCCUCGCCCUCUUUCGGCGCCUGAACAGUAAUCGUAUGCCGGGGACUCCUCAUAAUAUGGCAGAUUUGCAAUCUUAUGCAUUCUUCAUUUUGAGAUAUUUCAUCUCAGGAGGAGAGAUCCCUCACGAGGUUCUUGAAUGGUCUGCCCCAGAAUACUCCUCGCCAAUGCUAAAUAAUGCGGCUGCCCUCAUCAGUAUUCUCGUACACUUUGUUCGAUUUGACGACGCCUUGAAAAAAGCUGCUUUCAAUGUGGAUGCCGAAGAAGCUGUUCGACAAGCGCUGAUUAUCGACACAAAACUGAAAGACUGGCAAGCCAGUCUUUCGAGUGAUUAUUGGUCGUAUGUUAUCCAGGAAUCUAGUGAGUAUUCUGGAGUAUACCAAGGAAAGUACCAUAUCUAUCAGAAUGUAUGGGCAUCUCGAAUGCUAAACCACUACCGUUGGUCUCGCAUUCGUGUCAACGAAUUACUUUACUGGUACAUAUCGAAGCUUGCAGUCCCCACGACUUCUCAAAUCACCCAGCAGCAGACGUCCCUGAUCACAAUAUCUCGCAUGGCAACCGAGAUUUGUAUUUCUGUACCUAACCACUCCCGCUUCUUAGGGGUCAGAUUCGGCUCUCUUGCUAACGACCAAGCCGAGAGUCCACCACUAAAUGGAGUCUUUGUGCUAUUGUUUCCUCUGAUUAUUGCUGGAAGUGCAAUAGGCGUGUCUGACGAAUUGCACGAAUGGGUUGUCAAGAUCCUUGGUAUGAUUGGGUCAACCAUGGGAAUUGGGCAUGCCGCAGAAUCGAUCUCAGUUGUGCAGUCAGUACGAGAAGCUAAGAAGCGCGCGGACCCUUGGAAUGCGAGUAUCAUAUUGCCAAAACACAGCUAG